AAAAAAAAAAAAAAGUCUUGCUUGGUCUCCAUCUCCUUGCGUUCUUUUUCGUCUGUUGAAUUUUGAACAGUCACAAAGUGUCUCUCUCUCUAUAUAUAUAAACCCCAUAAGGUCGCCGCUACGUAACGACCAUCUCCAUUACUUGACUCUCCUCACCAAAAGAUUCAACCUUUCUCUGAUUCCCAGUUCAGAUAUGAAGCUUGUGGAGAAGACGACUGCUACGGAGGAGGACGAUAAUGGAGAAGAUGUCUGCCGCACCAUCGAGGUUUCCGAGGUUGACAGAAACGGGUUUCAGGCUCCGGACGGUGAAGUUGAUCCCUUUCGAGUUGUCUCCGGCGAUGAACUUAACCUAAUUCCGCCGCUCAACUUCUCCAUGGUCGAUAACGGUAUAUUCCGCUCUGGAUUCCCUGAUUCAGCUAACUUCUCCUUUCUCCAGACUCUUGGCCUCCGCUCAAUCAUAUACUUGUGUCCGGAGCCUUACACUGAAAGCAAUCUCCAGUUCCUUAAAUCCAAUGGAAUUAGGCUUUUUCAGUUUGGCAUUGAAGGCAAUAAGGAUAGUUCACUAGGGGAAUUAUCUGGAUUGGAAAAUCAAAUCUUGCAGUGUGUUCCUGACUUAGACAACGAGAUUUGGUUGCAUUUAUGGAGUUCUAAGCAUCAGAAAGAGGGUCCCUUAACUAAUGGACUUUCGAAAACUUUGGAGCCAUUUGUGAAUAUUCCUGACCGUAAAAUCCGAAUGGCACUCAAAGUGCUUCUAGAUGAGAAAAACCAUCCUGUUCUGAUUCACUGUAAGCGAGGGAAGCAUCGGACUGGUUGUCUUGUUGGUUGCUUGAGAAAGCUCCAAAAAUGGUGUUUGACAUCGAUAUUCGACGAGUACCAGCGAUUCGCAGCAGCAAAAGCUAGAGUUUCAGAUCAAAGAUUCAUGGAGACGUUCGAUGUUUCCAGCUUCAGUCAUAUUCCAAUGUCUUUCUCCUGUUCCAUCAGAUAAACAGGGGAAGCUAAAAUCUUCAGAUAAAAAGGAGAGAUUAAUCAUAUUAGAGUUCCAGAGGAAACAUUCUUCUCUUUCUUUACCUUUCUCUGGAAUCAAUAAUAAUAUUUCGAGAAAAGAAAAGGUUUCAUUUUCGUUACGAAUACUUUACUCUGUUUUUUUCCUGCUCAGUGUAAGCACUAAGGUAGAUAAAUACGUAUACAAAUACAAGUAAAUUAUAUAGGAGUUUGUUUAGGAAGAUAUAUAUUUUCUUGGAUUAUCCCAAAUGUUGCAUAACGAUUAUUACUUGCUCAUAUAUUUCAUUUCUUCAGUA